GCCAGCACUCCCUGGGCGGGCCUCACCGAUGCUGGCCACUAUAAGGCCAGCCAGACUGCGACACAGUCCAUCCCCUCGACCACUCUUUUGGCGCUUCAUUGUCGACGUGCGCUUCUAGCCCAGUGGUCAGUCAUGGCAUGCCCCCUGGAUCAGGCCAUUGGCCUUCUCGUGGCUAUCUUCCACAAGUACUCUGGCAAGGAAGGUGACAAGCACACCCUGAGCAAGAAGGAGCUGAAGGAGCUGAUCCAGAAGGAGCUCACCAUUGGCGCUAAGCUGCAGGAUGCUGAAAUUGCAAGGCUGAUGGAUGAUCUGGACCGUAACAAGGAUCAGGAAGUAAACUUCCAGGAGUAUGUCGCCUUCCUGGGGGCCUUGGCUUUGAUCUACAAUGAAGCUCUGAAAUAAAAUGGGAAGGCGGAGAUGCCUUCUGGGAGGCUAUCCCAGUCAAGUCCAGUGGGGGUGUAAUUAUACAAUAAAUAUUUCAUUUUUGUUAUGUCUA